GGAGCACAACCAGCGGCCCCCCUAAAUAUAGAACAUUGGUUGGCCAAUAAUUGGAGACUGGAAAAGCAAAUGGGUCGAUUUCUGUGUAUUGGUGCGACUGAAUCAACAACCGAUGGUGUAUCGAUGGGCGAUGUUUAGACACGAUCGGAGAUGAAGCACGCCGCGUCUUGGAAACGAAGUAGUACGAAAAGAAUGGAGAUCCAGCUGAUCUGGAAGCUGUCCUCCGGAAAUUCGGUGAUUUCUGCAAAGACCAGACUAACGAGACGUAUCAGUGGUCUCACUUUUAACACGAAACCAGCACGCAAACGAAACUAUCUAGAACUAUCUUACGGAGCUGAAGAUCCUGGCUCGUUCCUGUAAUUUUUGAAAUUGUAUGGCUGACAGUCUCAUCCGAGAUAGAAUCGUGCCGAGGAUUAAUGAUGAAAACAUCACCCAGCGGCUAUUGCGGCAACGGCAGUUAUCGGUCAGUCAAUGUCUUGAAAUAUCAGCUGCACACCAUAUCCAGCAAAUGAGGUCGCCGACUGAAUCAAGGCUAUGUGCCGUAUCCAGUUUACCUGACAAAACUGCGAUGCUUGAUAUGAAGAUACAGGAAACUUACAAAUUCUGCGCCGCGCGACACCCGAAAGGAUCGCGAUCAAUGUCCGGCUUGGGACUGCAUUUGCGCCAGAUGCGGCAGACGGAAUCAUUUUGCUCGAUGUUGUCAGCCUUCGAAGGUGAAUGCACUGAAUCAUGACACAAUGUCCUCCCACUCUGAACAUUCAAUCAGCAACGUGUCGCGGACAGGAACAAAGAAGUGCGUCUACGCAAGUGUAUUGAUUGGUGACGAGAUGGUGCGGUUUCAGUUGGAC